AUGCAAGGACUAGCCGAGCUAGUUCCUAGAGUUAUGUCUGAUGAUGCUGAACAGCAGACAGAGGAAGUGGAGGUUCUGAAAUCUAUAUAUGAAGGAGAUGAGAAUUUUAAGCAGUUAAAUGAUACCACUUAUCAGUAUAAGUAUAAAGAAGGGGAAAAAUCUUUUAUAGUAGAAAUAUCAUGGGGUCCCACAUACCCCACAGAAAAACCUAAAAUAAAUUUAGAAAUAUUCUACAACCAGCACUUAUUAACAUCUGUUAAAGAAAAUAUCUUAAAAAUUCUUGAUGCAGAAGCAGAACAGUGGUUAGGUUGUGCAAUGACCUAUACAUUAUUUGAGUGUCUGAAAGAUAAAGUACCAGAGAUCCUUGCAGAGCAGACCGAAGAGGUGGUUACAGCAAGGAUGGAGAAAGUAGUUAUUGCAGAACAGAUGGAGUCCAAGAAGCCUGAAAAGAAAGAACAGCUCAGUAAAUCUCAGAAAAGGAGAGCAUGGGAUCGAGCAGAAAUGGGUCGUGGAGGGGAGAAACCCCGUGGAUGGGAUUGGGUUGACAUUGUCAAGCAUUUAUCUCAAGUGCCCCAUACUCCACCUUCUUGA